GUUCUUUUUCUUUUUUUGCUUGUCACCUGGAUGAUUUCAGAAAUAGGAUUUCGUGUUAGGUCUUUAUUCUGGUAAUGUCUCUCGCAGCAUUUUCCAAGAGAUGGAUGUUUGACGUCGUGUAUUUUACGCUUGUCUGUUGCUAUUUCUUCUGUUGAUUCUUUCAGUGAUUGGUGAUUUGGUGUUCCAAGGUGGAUUGUGAUGGAUUCAACUUCGAGUCAGUCCGAAUUCGAUUACAUGUUUAAGCUGUUGAUGAUUGGGGACUCCGGGGUUGGGAAGAGUAGUCUGCUCCUAUGUUUCACUAUUGAUACCUUUGAAGAUCUCACCCCCACAAUCGGUGUUGAUUUUAAGGUCAAGCAUGUGACUUUAGGCGGUAAAAAGCUGAAGCUUGCCAUUUGGGAUACAGCCGGUCAAGAGAGAUUCAGAACACUAACAAGUUCUUACUACCGAGGGGCACAGGGGAUCAUCAUGGUUUAUGAUGUAACUCGACGAGAAACAUUUACUAAUUUAUCUGAAAUAUGGGCAAAGGAAAUAGAUCUUUAUUCAACAAAUCAGGACUGCAUCAAGAUGCUUGUUGGGAACAAAGUGGAUAAGGAGGGUGAUCGAGUUGUAUCUAAGGAAGAGGGAAUAGACUUUGCCCGAGAAUACGGAUGCUUAUUUAUUGAAUGCAGUGCUAAAACUCGAAUUAAUGUACAGCAGUGUUUUGAAGAGCUUGUUUUGAAGAUCCUGGAUACGCCUAGUCUCUUAGCUGAGGGCUCCAAGGGGCUCAAAAAGAACAUUUUUAAUGACAACCCUCCUCAAGAUGAUGCAUCCACUAGUAAUUGUUGUUGAUGUUUUUGCACUAGCAGCACAAGGUUACAAGCAAGAUCGACCUAUCAUUUAUAGGGAGUCUUACAUGUUGUGCUUUAGAUUUAAAAAAUCACAUUUUUUAACACGUUUAUUGAUUGUUUAGGGGCUCCACAAGUCAUUAUUCACAUUUUAGCUUCACAUAUAAGGUUCUUGUCUGUCAUGACUUGUAAUGUCAAAUGUAGGAGUGUAAUGAUUAUUCCUUUUAUGCAUUGAUUAGUUGAAAACUUGGUGGAGAUAAUGUGAUGUAAUGGAGGAUUUGUUACCCCAAAAGUAAA